AUGAAGUUGCAAAAUUAUAUACCAUUGGAUGUUAAGAGACAACAAUUAUUACAACAAUCUAUAGAUAUAGUUGAUAAUAUUAAGAAUUGGGAAUUGGUUAAAUCUACCGAUGAUACAAAGAUUUUAAAAACUACGUUUAAUGACGAUUUUUGGUGUGGUAGAAUUAGUCCACAUUUGUCAUCAGAAUAUUCAAAUAAAUUAAAAGAAUUGAUUAUUGGUCAACCAAUUAUUGGUAAAACUCAUUCGGAUUAUGAAUCGGAUUAUAUGAAUGAAGUUAAAUCAAUCAAGGUUGAAAAUUUACAAUCUUAUGAUUUUGGAUAUUCUUAUCAAUUAAAAGCAAUUUAUGAUUUAGGUUUUCCUUUAAAACAUAGAGUAUUUCAUGUAUUGAUUCAUAUUUGGAAUUUUGGAAAUUAUGGAAUUGUAACUAGUUUACCUAUAUCUGGUAAUAAUGAUGAAGGUAAUGUUAUUGCAAAAUAUAUUUCUGUUGAAAAAGUUAAAAUUAAUGAUGAUGGUUCGAUUGAAUGGAUAAUGGCUACGAGUAGUAAUCCAUCUGGAUGGAUUCCUCAAUUUAUUACAAGAGCUGGAAUGCCUGGUGCAAUUCAAAAAGAUGUACCUAGUCUUUUAAAAUAUAUCGAUGCUCAUCCAUAA